GGGGAAGAGUGUUGUCUGGGGAAGGAGAUGAGAAGUAGGUGCUUCUUUGGCCUACUGCGCUGCGGGAGCCGAGGCUUACCGUGCAGACAUGGCCAAGUCCAAGAACCACACCACACACAACCAGUCCCGCAAAUGGCACAGAAAUGGCAUCAAGAAACUCCGGUCACACAGGGCUGGGGAUUUAGCUCAGUGGUAGAGCGCUUACCUAGGAAGCGCAAGGCCCUGGGUUCGGUCCCCAGCUCCGGAAAAAAAAAAAAAAAGAAACUCCGGUCACAAAGAUACACAAAGAUACACAAAGAAUCUCUUAAGGGGGUCCCCAAGUUCCUGAGGAACAUGCGCUUUGCCAAGAAGCACAAGAAGAAAGGCCUGAAGAUGCAGGCCAACAAUGCCAAGACAGUGAGUGCACGAGCAGAGGUCAUCAAGGCCCUUGUGAAGCCUCAGGCUGUCAAGCCCAAGAUGCCAAAGGGCUCCAGCCGAAAACUCAGCCGUCUGACUUUCAUUGCUCACCCCAAACUUGGGAAGAAGAUUCGAAGCUACAUGGCCAAGGGUCGUAGGCUCUGCCAACCAAAGCCCAAGGUUCAAACCAAGGCAGAGGCCAAAGCUCCAGCUAAGGCCCAGGCUUCAGCUCCAGCCCAGGCUCCCAAGGGUGCCCAGGCCACUGUGAAGGCCCAAUAGAAAAGGCUCCUGUCAGUGUGAAGACAGAUGGACUGCUGUGACACACCUACCUACACACUAUUUGCAGAUGACCAGUGUCCUAUGCUGUUUUUACAAAUAAACUUGAGACAAGAAAAAAAAAAAAAACUACAUCAAUAAUAA